CACAACGUCAUGUCCUUCCUCGCCGACAACUUUCUCACACGGACGGUAAAGAACGUCAAGAAGGCCGUCAACAAAUACACACCGGGCUCGUCCGGAAGAACAUCCACCUCGGCCGCCGCCGCUGCCUCGGCCGCCGCCUCAGCUGCCGCCGCUGCCGCCGCCGCCGCCGCCGACCCGUCGACCUCGGGCCCAAAGUGGGGUACCGAUCUCCUUGCCGCCGACGCAACAUCGUCAUCACCAGCUCUUGGUGCCGUUCUUGCCUUGCAUGCACCCGCAUCCGCGCCAGACACCUCCGCCGUCUCGUCCGAGCCUUCGCAGCCCGACGCGACACCCAAUGCGCCACCAGAUGCGACACUCGCUGGCAUCGAGCCGCCUCUCCUGCUGCACUUCCAGCCUCCGGACCCGGGCCCUGCCAUUCCGCCGCCGAUUGUGCUGCUUGCUUCUCCUAUCACCGCUGCCCUCUUUGCGCCGACGCAUGUAUGUCCCGCUCCCCGCGAGCCGCAGACCCGCUCCCUCGCCCUUGCCCGUCUCCGCCACACCCUCGCCACGCUUGUCGAGCACCUCGCGGCUCCACCGCCGGCCGCCGCCACGGCUCUCGCGCUCAUAUCUGCCUUGGCUGGCGCAUCAGGCCUCCGCGCUCAGGCGCAUACUGUCACUCUCGUCGCCGACACCGUCGCCCUCUGUGCCGCCAUGCCGCCGGGUGCGUCGAUCAUCGUCCCUACUGGCGUCACCACGCCCGACGACACCGUCUGCCUCUUGCUUCUGGUCACAACCUCGGCCCACGACGCUCGGCUCACCCUCGUCUCGACAAUGCGCCGCGACGGCCUUGCCCUCCCUUACCACGCCUACGACAUCGACGACGCCACCGGCCGACUCCGGCUCUCGCCGCUGCUCUCGGUCCCGCUCCCAGCAUCCUGCCUCUUGCUGGGCGCCUUUUGGCACUACGUCUACACCCCGAUGGUCACAGAGCAGGACUCGUUUGCUGCUGGCCUCGAUCUGCUGUACUCCAGGCUGCUGAGCUUCACACAGAGCCUCCCCUGCCGAUCGUGUCCGCCGCCUCCGCCGCCGCUCUGGCUUGACGCCGGCUCCGUCCCGGCCGACUCCCACUAUGUCGAGCUGGUUGUCGCCGCCCUGGCUCUUGCUUCGCCCGACCCGCCUGCUUUUCGAUCGUCUCUCGGCUACGCCCUCCUCGACGCCGUCCACUCGGCGCUUCUUCCACUCGACGACUCCGACCUUCUUGCCGCCACCGACGCCGCCGACGCCACGCGGCUCGACGUCUACGCCCGGUCGCUGGCGCGCUCCCUCGCACACACUCCGCCGUCUCCCCGCACCGCCGAAAUCCAGCUCGCCACACUCACCUCGCUCACCAAUAUUGCAGCUCAUCUCGCGAGCCUCCACACUGCCGCUCACACGGUGCUCCCGAGCCCAGUGUCUGGCAUGCCUGCCUCGGCCUCGCUCACCGACUUCCCGAACCUCGCCCAUCUGAUCGAUCCGUUUGACACGGCCUCUCUCGCUGGCGGUGCGCCGCUGCCUCCCAUUUUCCGCCCAGUCCAGCUCUCGGACGUUCCGCUUACCGUGGAAAGCCUCGAUGAUGCGCUCGACGCGCUCCGGCAUACCCUCGAUGCCUCGAUUCUCCUCGCCAACCAAGGUGCACAGGUCAAGAACGGGUACCUCAUCCGGGUCACCCUCAUUGCUCGCCUCUUUGUCUCAGUUCUUCCGCUCCCGCUUCCUCUCGACGCUCCACAAACGCCAUCGUGCUUUUGGCUCGCCUCGCCCAUGCGGGCCGAGACCCAGGCCCGCCUCCUCCAUCUCAUCGACCUGCUCUCGCGCCACUUUGCGUCGGCUGCGCUGGCGCUUCCCAUCGACCGCUUCCUUGAUGCCACCCGCAUCACCACCCUUGGUUGCAUGGCCGCCCUCACUGACCGUAUCAUCCGCAUCGUCGCCUGCGACCGCCCGUCGCCGGUCUCGCUUCACUACGCCGGCGCCGCACUCGGCCCUGUCGCGCCGUUUGGCUUUUCCAUUGGCUUUUACGCCCUUGAGUCCGAGACCAUGCUCUUUGCCUCGCCCGACCUUCUCCUCGCCCGCGCCGCCCUCCUCGACUACUUUGCCUCGACCGCUCGUGCUGUGCCCGAAGACCACAACCUGUUCUCGUUUGAUGGCUCCAACUUUCUCUCGCCGGGCGACACCGCCUUUGUCUCGCAACUCUGCCUCGCCCUUGGCUUUUCUACCGGUCCACCAAACUCGAUCACUCUCGAGCGAUACGUUGUCGGCAUCGACCGCUCGCUCGUAGACCACUUUCCCGAGUUCCGCAUCCUCCGCGACGUUGUCUUUACCUUUCGCCUCCUCAUGGUCCCGUCGUCCGAGACCCUGCCACCUGUCGCUGCCUGGCGGCCCAUCGACGCGGCGCUCGAGUGGUCGUUCGAUCCCACCGUCGGCUUUGAGGUCUCCGCAUUUGGUGGCAAGGAGCUGUCGUGCGUCUCGCUCGGCCAGAAAAUCGCCAAGGGCAUGUCCAAGUACACCCCCUCGGUCAUCUCGGCCUACUUUCGCACCUUUACAAACCCGUCCGGCCGCGCCCCGCGCAUCGCGCCCUCGGCCGCAGACCCUAACGCUCUGCUCCCGUCCGACGCAAAGGCGUCGACCCUGCCCGAUUCGGCUGAUCGCCGUCGUCCCCUCAUUGUCAACGAAGACGACGUCCUCCACAUCGUUGACAUGCCCACCUUCGGCGACGUCCUCUCCGCCCGCGACUCGGAGCUGAUGCUGCAGACCCUCACCGCGCCGUAUCUUCGCAUUCCGCUCCUCAUGCAGUUCUUUGCCGACGAGACCCGUGUCUACGCUCUCGCCGCCCCGGAGCUGCAGGCCGUUCUCGACGCCGCCCUCUUUGAGCCCGGUGCCUGGCUCGCCCCGGGUGCCCGCACUCUCCCGGCCUCCAUCCCGGCUCUCGAACAGCCCGAGGUCUUUGCCACCUCCAACGGCCUCCUCUUCAACGAGCUCAUCCACUCGCCACGCCUCUGCCUCGAGGCCGUUCUCAAGCUUCUGGUCGAGGCCCAUGUCCUCGCCCUCCUCCGCCAUCAUGCCUGGAUCGACGAUGCCCCGCGCGUUGCCAGUGCCUCCUACCGCGCUCCGCGCCGAGACCUUGCUGCCCCGCCGGCUCUUGCCCACUCGAGUCUCCACCUGCUCGCCCAGGGUGCUGCCAAGCUUCGCUCGCUCCUCUUUGACAAGAUCUACCGCAUUCUCGAGCGAUGGCGCCUCCGCGCGCUUGCUGAGCACAACCUCGACGUUGCAUGCGCCGUCAUGGGUCACAUCGCGCUCUCGAUCUCCAAUCUGGAGGCCUACGCACUCACGGCGCCCCAUCUGUUCAUCAACUCCAACCUGACCUUCAACCUCGAUCCGCCGUCGACCCAGGGCUCACCCUACCUUGACGCCCCGCUGGAGCGGACUCGCGCCGCCGCCGCCCUAGCCGAUGACGCUUGCCUCACCCUCGGUGGCCUCCCUCUCAUCACCCUCUACACCCUCUUUGACUCGUCGCGCAACGCCAUUCUUGCCUUUCUCGAUGCUGCCGGCGAGAGCGUCACCUCGUCCGUCAUGGACGCCGUCUCCAACGUCCUGGCCAAGUCAGCCCCACUCGGCCCGCCGCUCUCGUCGCUUGAUCCGCUUCCGCCGCCGUCGCGGGUCUGGACCCACAUCGGCUUGCCUGGAUGCCACGGUCGCCUCGUGCCACAGGCCGAGCUUGCCCUCGUCGCCGACUCGCUUGACCUCUGCGCCCAGCCCGGUGAAGACUACGCCUCGUGGCUCGCGCGCACCUGCUCACCCGACCUCGGCACCGAGGUCAACGUCCAGCUCGGCCUCUUCACCAUGAAGAACCGCGAGAUGGCCAUGCUUGCCGAAGCUCUCGGCGGCGCCCCAGACUUUGUCGCCGCAUACGGUGAACCGGCCGUCGGCGGUGCCCGCGUCCAGUGCCUCGCCCUCGACCACUCGGCCGCCCGCUCGCGCUACCGCAUUCUUGCCGCACCGCUUGACAUCGCCCACUGGCUCACCCCGGACGACCGCGGCCCCAAGCUCCUCGCAGCCCUCCUCGCUCAGGAGACCACCAUCUCCUUCGCCGCAAGCCACCACUUGCCGCCGCGAUACGUCUGGGCCUGGUCGGCGCUUGAACCCAUUCUCGCCCGCUGGUUCCCGGGCACAACAUGGGCCCUCCCGCUCGCAGACACCGCUCCCACAGGCACGCCGCUUCCUCUCGCGGCCUACGCCUCUGGGCCCAACAGCUCCCUCAAGCUCAUCACGGCCUCACCCAUCACUCGCCUUGUCUCGGUCUACAACGUCUUCUCGGUCGGCCGCCCUCCCGCCGCCUCUUCGCGAGCCCGACUUGGUCAUCACCCGUCGCUUUGA